ACCCCUCCUUUCGGACCCCAUACGGAGCAUGAAAUACUAUACACAACCGGUGCUUGAGGGAAAUCAUGCCUCUCAGAACCUGUAUGUUUACAGUCGAAUCCACACGGAAUUUUUUUUAUACUUUUCCUCAAAACUCGAUCCAAAGGCUCUUUUCAGCAAAGUUAGAAACUGCUGAACUUAGGGAGGAGCUGUCCUAGUGUCUCCAGGUAUCAUUUUAGAUUGACAGCGUAUGAAGACGUCAUGACAAUGGUGCAUUCAAGGAGUGCUAUUAUUGGGAGCAAGACCAAUCGUCUUGGUCCUAAUACAGACCGAGCAACGACAGGUGAUGGACAUAACCGAGCAACCUCAGUCGUAAACCAGGGUACUGUUAGUCUCAUUGACAAGUCCAAGUUUCAAUCUGGACAAGAUUUGUUGGUAACAAGAAGUGAUUCCUAUUUGAUUCGUCCUCGUGAGAGACCAGAAGAUAUCUGGAAACGACCACCACCUGAUUUUACUCUUCAAAGAUACAUGCCUAAACCUCCAAAACGUAACACACGUGAAUCAAUGCAACCAUGGCGUUGGGGAACAUUACCAGGUGAAAAGAAAAUCGCCCAGACCAUAGCGGAAAAACCAACUGUGACACUUCCAAAGAUUCUACAACCACCACGUCCAAAGAGUAGGAAAAUCCUCACUAGGUUUAAGAUACCUGACUCAGAUGAGGCUAGAAAAGUAGCUGUUAAACAACUCGUACAUCAUAAAGAGAAGUUUGAGAAUCCUCAGCCGCAUGACUUUAGACAGUAUCCACCACUGGGUCCACUUGGUUUGCCAGAGUUUGUAACAUCCGAAGAAAGGGAUCCUUACAACAUCAAGUUUAAAACAGAGAACGUCGAUAUAGUGUACGGUCUUCCUCCUCAACUUUCUGAUCGGUUUAAUGGUGAUCAGAUGGGUCGAGACGUUUUAAAACAACCUCCAAAGUAUGAACAACAUUUACUUCAUCCAACGGGCAAGUGGCCAUCACCAUCAGGGGAGUUCUCGCGCUAUCGAGCACGGAAUCGAUCACCAACUACUGUUCUCAUGGACAAUGUAGAGGAGACUCUCACGAAGAAAUGGGCUUUGGAAAAACAGGAGCGUCUUCGAAGAAACAAGGAGCGAGAAGAAGCAGAGAAGAAACUUAUCUUCGAACAGAAAGUGGCUAGGGAAGUUGCCCAUGUCACUAAGAAGACUAAAGAUCUUGAGACACGGGACGAUGAGUUUGGUGCUUGGCAUGAUCAUCUUCAUAUGAAGAAUAGUCGUGGAUAUGAUCAUGGAAGUUCAUAUAGUACGAUAUCGAGUGAUAUGACAAGUGAUUUAUGAUCACGAUAAUUCAUUUGAAGGAUAUGAUAUACAGAUGAAGCAGUUUAAAAGACAUCUUGUUAUAUAAGCAGUAUCUGGGAGCACGCUACAAGAGUCAUAUCUCGCACUACGGGGCAACGUGUCUGACACAGCCGGUUGUAGCAACUACUCCGAAAGAUCAAGAACAAUUAAUCUUGAUCUAAGGAGACACGAACGAACGAACGAACAAGGAGUAUCUGAACCAAAUCAAAUCGCUAAUCACUGGAUUUACGAAUGACUCUGAAAACCGUACCAAGGCAUCAAUGAGAACCAUAUAUUCUUUCAAAUACUAUAAAUCUCUUACAUUUGUUUUUAAAAUUUGGGUUUCGUUAUUUUCAACGCUCAGUGGAAGGAAGUUACUGACUUUAUCAUUUAGCAGAUAAUCUAUUUUCAUUUCGCCUAUCAUGUGCAGUAUAAUAGAAGCUAAUAAUACGAAUGUGAAGGUAAAAGGUAACACUACAGAGUUGAUGCAUGAAACUUUUUUGUUACGAUAAGAGUUUUUUUUUCGAUUCAAUAGACCUCUCGAACGGGUCAUGAAAUACGAAUACUUGGAUUCAGAUUCAGAGUGAAGAUUGAAUUCAAAAGGGACAUUAUCUUUUUCGUCUUUCUAGCAUACUUUUGUUUCCCUUAAGCAUCAUGCGUAUAUUCGGAUAGUCCAUUAUAAUCACUGUAAAUUUUGAAGAAAGGUAUCUAGUUGCUACCCAAAAUAUCAGAUUCACACCACUCUUACAAAAAACACUUUAGAUGAUAUCAUUUUUUCCAGAAAAAAAAAUAGAUGAUUUAUUAAUUAAAUCACACCGAACUGAUUUUUUUUUCUUCGUGAAACAUGAUAUCGAUAACCAACAACUAUCUGCAAAAAGAGUUCGAGGAAUUCUGCUGAGUACAAAUAAAACUUUUUAAACGGGUGUCGCUUAAAACUAGUGUAUCAAAAAUGUUGAAUAUUUUGAGAUUUAUCUCCCUCAAAAGAUCCCAAGUCUAAAAGUAUAACAUGGCUACGUUCCUACAAAACUUCAAAAGAUCCAAAGUCAAAACGAAGACAGAAACGAAAAGUCUUAAUAAGUUUGGCACCCAAGAUAUGAUUAAAGUGUAAUCUAAUAUUGA